AUGGCGAUCCUAUUCCAUCGCGCAAACGAUGCUCUGAACAUCAACCUCCCGAGCGGAGACGACCAGCUGAGCGUGAACGGCAGCGACUGGCUCUGGGCCGUGACGGCCAUCUACGUCGUCUCCUUCAUCGCCUUCUACGCGACCAGCUUUGUGGCCCGGUCCGGCGAGAAGAUCUUCCACUACCUGUUCACCAUCGCGCUCCUGGCCGGCUCCAUCUCCUACUUCGCCAUCGCCUCCGACCUGGCCUUCGUUGAGAUUCCCGUCGUCAACCACAAGCCCGACGACCCCUGGACCCGCCAGAUCUUCUGGGCCGAGUACGUCAACUGGGUCGUCAGCUUCCCCGUCGUCACCAUCGCCCUCGGCCUGCUGAGCGGAGUCUCCUGGGCCACUAUCCUUUACAACGUCGCGCUAUCCUGGACCUGGGUUAUCUCAUACCUCGUGGCCGCCUUCACCACGUCUAACUACAAGUGGGGAUUUUACGCCUUUGGUACUACCGCCUGGGCCCUGCUGGCCGUCAGCACCCUCGUAGGCGGCACAACCUCCGCCAGGCGUGUCGAGGUCUCCCGAGACCACACCCUUCUGGCGGGCUGGAUCAACCUCCUCUGGCUCCUGUACCCGAUUGCCUGGGGUCUCUCGGACGGCGGCAACCGCAUCGGCGUGACCCCGGCGUACAUCUUCUUCGGCGUCCUCGACGUCCUGCUCGUCCCCGUCCUCUCCUUCGCCUUCCUCUUCCUCUCCCGCAGAUGGGACUACGGUAGGCUCAACAUCGCGUUUACUCGCUACGGCCGUGUUAACCAGGUCGGCGGCGCCUUUCCCGAGAAGAGCACUACUGCGCCGGCUCCACCUGUUGUGGGUGAGCAGGCUGCGUAA